GUCUCUCCCCAGAUGUGCGAGAAGUUUACCGUCUGCGAGAACAGCAUGGAAAUGCUCGUCCAGAACAACCUCAACCUCCCCAAGGUGACGGAGGAAGAUGGGUGUCUGCUCGCCGGCUUCGAUGAGGAUAAAUGCUUGAGAAAACUCUCCAGUGGGCUUUAUACGUUUCGGACAUACCUUCAAUAUGUACAAGAAACUUUUACCAGUGAAAAGCAAAAUGUUGAAUCGCUGUGCUAUAGUACAGAGCACCUGGCACGUACCAUAAGACAGAUGGUGAUAAACCCCGAUGAAGUGAUCAUCCCAGACUCAGCUACCCAGGAAUCCCUCCGCGCAAAGCUGAAGUCCGAUAAGACCUGGAUAGAGAAAAUCACCACCCACCUCAUCCUCCGAGACUUUACUUCAUUUAUGGAGAAAACCGUGAGGGCCGUUCGCUAUUUGAAAAAUACCAGGAGUUUCAGUGCCUGAAUGUUUUAAUUCAGGCACAAUCCUUUGUUACAAAUCUGUCAUGUGGCAGAUGACAGUGUUGUUCUGUUUUAAGAACCAGAAAUAGUAACAAUGGUUUGCAUUUAUAUACAUUCUCAUUUCCUUCUAGGAACCUAUUUAUUGUAUUUAAAAUAUU